CAUAGUCUUACAGAAAGCUCCGAACACAGCGUCGCUCUGAAAGGCUCGUUCAGGGCUGGAAGGAUGUUAAAAUACAUUAAUAUCAAAUAAAAGCAAUGAGUGCAUAAUAGCAGCGCCCGCAGGCUACUUGAUGGAAACGUUGACUCCUGUGCGUUGGAAUUGACUACAGGGAGCUAAUCAAUAAUCCCAACAUGCUGACAAGUCAUUACGAUGAGUCAGCAGCUCGUUCGGGUCUCAGUCUUUCUCUCAACUGGGAGGUCACACGAGUUAGCUUCACUUUUAUUCAGCUGGCUGCUCGCUAAGCCCCGCCCCCUUAGUUACUGUUGCUAACCUGUCGAGCUUUACAUUAAUUUAAGAAACAAUGGAUCCUUAUUUCACACAGAAGCAGCUUCCUGUAAACACUUCACACGGAAGGAUUUGUAGGAUUUAUACUGACAAGCUAAUAGAUUGUCUGUUUGUAGCUCAGGUGAAUCCCAUACUGGGGAAUUUUAACCUCGCGGGAAUCAUUAGCUUAACAGGAACAGACCUUUUUCACAGGUGUGACUGAUAACGCUCAGGAGGUACAGCGGGUCGUCCACUGAUCACAGGGAUGGCGAUUUGAUGUCGAAGUGUCGUUGGGCACUGAACCCCAAAUGGCUCCGGUCAGACCAGCACCCUGCGUGGCAGCUCGCUGCCAUCAGUGUGUGAGUCGGUGAAUGGGUGAAUUGGCGGCACAUUGUAAAGUGCUAUAUAAAUGCAACCAUUGACCAUUUAAAAGAUUAAAAAUGGCUGUGUUACAUUUAGGCGAGCUGGUGUCAGGUGCUGGUGUCAGGUGCUGGUGUCAGGGUGCUGGUGUCAUGGUUUCUGGUGUCAGGGUGCUGGUGUCAGGUGCUGGUGUCAGGUGCUGGUGUCAGGGUGCUGGCUCACUGUCAUGGUUUCUGGUGUCAGGGUGCUGGUGUCAGGGUGCUGGUGUCAGGGUGCUGGUGUCAUGGUUUCUGGUGUCAGGGUGCUGGUGUCAGGUGCUGGUGUCAGGGUGCUGGUAUCAUGGUUUCUGGUGUCAGGGUGCUGGUGUCAGGUGCUGGUGUCAGGUGCUGGUGUCAGGGUGCUGGCUCACUGUCAUGGUUUCUGGUGUCAGGGUGCUGGUGUCAGGGUGCUGGUGUCAGGUGCUGGUGUCAGGUGCUGGUGUCAGGGUGCUGGUGUCAUGGUUUCUGGUGUCAGGGUGCUGGUGUCAGGUGCUGGUGUCAGGGUGCUGGCUCACUGUCAUGGUUUCUGGUGUCAGGGUGCUGGUGUCAGGGUGCUGGUGUCAGGGUGCUGGUGUCAUGGUUUCUGGUGUCAGGGUGCUGGUGUCAGGGUGCUGGUGUCAGGGUGCUGGCUCACUGUCAUGGUUUCUGGUGUCAGGGUGCUGGUGUCAGGGUGCUGGCUCACUGUCAUGGUUUCUGGUGUCAGGGUGCUGGUGUCAUGGUUUCUGGUGUCAUGGUUUCUGGUGUCAGGGUGCUGGUGUCAGGGUGCUGGUGUCAUGGUUUCUGGUGUCAGGGUGCUGGUGUCAGGGUGCUGGCUCACUGUCAUGGUUUCUGGUGUCAGCGUGCUGGUGUCAGGGUGCUGGUGUCAGGGUGCUGGCUCACUGUCAUGGUUUCUGGUGUCAGCGUGCUGGUGUCAGAGUGCUGGUGUCAGGGUGCUGGUGUCAGGGUGCUGGUGUCAGGGUGCUGGCUCACUGUCAUGGUUGCUGGUGUCAGGGUGCUGGUGUCAGGUGCUGGUGUCAGGGUGCUGGUGUCAGGGUGCUGGCUCACUGUCAUGGUUUCUGGUGUCAGGGUGCUGGUGUCAGGUGCUGGUGUCAGGUGCUGGUGUCAGGGUGCUGGCUCACUGUCAUGGUUUCUGGUGUCAGGGUUUCUGGUGUCAGGUGCUGGUGUCAGGGUGCUGGCUCACUGUCAUGGUUUCUGGUGUCAGGGUGCUGGUGUCAGGUGCUGGUGUUAGGGUGCUGGCUCACUGUCAUGGUUUCUGGUGUCAGGGUGCUGGUGUCAUGGUUUCUGGUGUCAUGGUUUCUGGUGUCAGGGUGCUGGUGUCAGGGUUUCUGGUGUCAGGGUGCUGGUGUCAGGGUGCUGGUGUCAUGGUUUCUGGUGUCAGGGUGCUGGUGUCAGGGUGCUGGUGUCAGGGUUUCUGGUGUCAGGGUUUCUGGUGUCAGGUGCUGGUGUCAGGGUUGCUGGUGUCAUGGUUGCUGGUGUCAGGGUGCUGGUGUCAGGGUGCUGGUGUCAUGGUUUCUGGUGUCAGGGUGCUGGUGUCAGGGUGCUGGUGUCAUGGUUUCUGGUGUCAGGGUGCUGGUGUCAUGGUUUCUGGUGUCAUGGUUUCUGGUGUCAGGGUGCUGGUGUCAUGGUUUCUGGUGUCAUGGUUUCUGGUGUCAGGGUGCUGGUGUCAGGGUGCUGGCUCAGGUUUACUGGGACGCUUGAUGGGACCGAGCCUUCGCUAAUGAAAUGUAUCCACCUGUGUUUUUCCUGCUAUGAGAAGUCGAAAAAGACCAGAACCACUGCAACAAACUGAGUUUUUCCUGUUUUCCUUGUAUUGCGAUGUCUGAUGUUGUCUCAGUAAUGAAGAUUAAAAUGUUUUCAGACCUGAGAGGAAUGCUGGGCAACACUACCAAAAUAAGAGUCUGAUUGUAAACAGCUUCCUUCCUGUUCUCCGUCAGUGUGGCUGGUUUCCCAGUUUUUAUCACGUUAGCAGAUAUUCACUGUUUUCCCUUCGUCUCAGUUGUUUAUCAGAGUCAAUACGCUGAAACAAACACUGUGGAUGUGAGCAGCUCCUCCCUGUUUAUCUGCUAACACGAGGAAGCGAUGAGAUGAUCACAAAACAAAGACAACAAACAUAUAACAGUUUUACAGUAUAAGCAGGUAAAAAGUUACCGUUCUGUUAUAACAGUAAGUCUGUAAGUGUGCAUGUGUUCAGUGCCAUCUGUCCAUCACUGCCUUCGGCUCUAAAAUUAGCAGACAGGAAAUAGCUGUUCUCAAAUUCCUCUCAUAGUUGGCCGGAAAAUGAUUUUCCGACGUUCUCCAAAGCAAAAACAUCUCAUCUCUGUUUCCAGAUCAGACUCAGAGACAACCAGCAGCUGCAGGUUUAUACUUCUACAAUAAAAACACAAAUAUGGUGAAUCAAAAGUUACCGAUGCAAAUGUUUGUCGUGUUUUCACGGACUUUCCAAAUCAUCCAAUCAGGUUUUAGAUUGAUUUCCUUCCCUCCAGGCUUGAACUGGCUGAUCAGUUAUCAUCAGCAGCUAGCCUGGCUCU